AUGUCGGUGGGGAAACUCAAUGUUAAAGCCUACAGCUGGAGGGGGAGGGGAGGGGUGAAGCUGGUGGUUGUGAAGAGCAGAGUAAGGAAGAUACGAUGCCUCUCUGCUUUCCUCAAGAACGUGUCUGAGGAAGUAGCGGAAGACCUGAAAAUCAUCACCGUUAAGUCUGGACAGGACAUCACUCUGACAUGUCGAGCUCCAAAUGAAAAUGACAUCACUGUAGAGUGGAGCAGAGCUGACCUGGGAGAUGAAUAUGUGCUUUUGUACCGGGAUGGGCAGGUUGUUCCAGAUGACCAGCAUCCAUCUUUUAAGAACCGGGUGGAUCUGCAGGACAGACAGAUGAAGGAUGGAGAUGUGUCUUUAAUUCUGAAGGAUGUGACAGUUAAUGAUACUGGAACAUACGAGUGUCGUGUCCUCAUGGAAGGAACACAAUCAUCGGAUCUCAUCAGCAUCAUCUAUCUUUGUGUUGUUGUUCCUCCAGACUAUAAAUUCAUCACAGCUGAGUCUGGACAGGACGUCACUCUGACAUGUCGAGCUCCAAACAACAAGAUCAGAGGUGUACAAUGGAGGAGAGAUGACUUGAAAGCAGGCGAUGUAUUCUUGUACUGGGAUGGUCAUUUCGUUCCAGAUUACCGGCAUCCAUCUUUUAAGAACCGGUCUGAUCUGCGGGACGAACAGAUGAAGGAUGGAGACGUGUCUUUGAUUCUGAAGGAUGUGACGAUUAAUGAUGCUGGAAGAUAUGAGUGUCAUAUCUUCAUUAGAGAAACGGUCUGUUGGCAGCUCAUCAACAGCAUUUCUCUGAGUGUUGUUGAUCCUCAAGGGUCGCGGUAG